UGGAAUGCGUCCUGGUGGACCAAAUUAUAUAAUGCCAUAUCAUCUUCCAAGACAAGGACAACCAGGGCAGCGAAUGGGGGGCAUGAGACGAAGUGGAAACCCCUAACAAAUGCAGCAGUCACAGGGACUUGGAUACCUGAACAAUGAAAGAAAUGGAAUCAACCCAUCUGUUUUUUCAAUGAUGCCUAUGUCCUUUGAUGCUUCCGGAAUGCCUAUGACUCCAUUUGAAACCCCACGACCUGGGUCAGUACCAAUUUCAACACUUACAUCUGCUUUGGCGUCUGCCAGCUCAACCGACCGCACGAGGAUGCUUGGUGAACAGCUUUAUCCCCUUGUGGAGAGUGUUGAGCCUGUUCAUGCAUCAAAGGUGACUGGAAUGUUGCUGGAGAUGGACCAAACAGAAGUGCUCCAUCUUAUCGAGUCUCCUGAAGCUCUGGAAACAAAGGUGGCUGAGGCAAUGGCUGUACUUCAGGAAGCUGCUGCAAGAUCUGACAUUAACGAUAAGCUUGGUUCAUUGGCACUGAAUGAAUGAAGUGCCCUCGUUCUUCUGGGUAAAUACAUUUACUGGUCCCUGGUUUCUAGCUCAUUUUUUAAGGGUUACGUGCUGUCAUUGUUUAUGGGGUUUUCUCCUAGACUAAUUUCCUAGUUUUAUUUUAUUUUUUUAUAGUCUGUAACUUGCUGAAAUUCUUUUAGGCUUUUGAUUCAGUGUGGAGUAUACCAAAGGUAUUUAAGUUUUAGGAUUACAAUCGAUGUGCUUUUCUAUUUAUUUUUACGUUAUGUUUUCAUUUGAAUGACAUAGUAAUUAAAGAUUUUCCAAGCAUUUGCC